UGUCUUAUCGAUAAGAUGGAGAUACAAGUAGAAAUCCCUGAACAUAUAAAAUAUCUUAUCUCUGACGAGGAACGACAUGUGGUCAUUUUCCUAGCGAAUCGAAGAUCUGAUUCCUUGCCAUUUACGGAAACAAAGUCCUCGGAACCCACUACUCAGAAGACAUCAGCCAUGACGAACGUGAUUUUGCCUUUCUUGAUGUCCAUGUUAUUGGGCAGAACAAUUGAUUUAAGCACUUACACCAUCAGUGGAACGAGUGUUUACGAUGAUGCCCAAUUUGACGAGAUUAAAAUAGGAACUCUGAACACAACGUAUAACGUGAUCCAGGGCGAUGUCUUCCCUUAUACUUUCUUCGGAAUCCCGGCAGAUAUUGUCCUCCGAAUCAAGUCGAAUUUCCUCAGUGCCAGUUCGGGCGCCAUGGGGCUUGACGGCAUUCUGAAGGACACCUCUUGGAAAUACAACAGCGCAGUCGUUUCUGUGACGACCCUUUACAGAACGGUUAACCGACAGGUGAAAGCAGAUGCUGCUGUGCUUGAAGACUGGACGGACAAAGUUCCUCGAACCCAAACUCAUUAUGCUGAAACACUGUUUUAUGGCGGAUGGUCAGUGGUUCUCUUCCGUUUCAAAUGCGACAUUCCCAGCGACGUAGUGAGGGUCAAGGCACUGCUUACGAAACACCUGGGUGUCGUUGGACAACUCUCGAAGGAUACUCUAGGGGCAUGGGAAAAAGUUGUGGCUGAGAUCAAGGCAGACCAUGCCAUAAGAGGUGCUGUAACCCUCCACACGCAAGUGUAUUCUUCUGUACCUCUGCCAGAAGUGGAUUCGCCUGAAAGCUUAUUGAAGAGCAUCGCGAAACUCAAAGAAGCCAUCGGAUCGCUGGGACAACCUCUUUUCAUGAAUCUGCAGCCUCUGCACGAUUUGGAUGAAAACUAUCCAGUUGUACAAGAAAAUAUUGAGAUGCUGAGUGAAUUGGAAAAACUGGAUGAGAUGUAUGAUGAUGUCAAAGUCACUCUCGUGAGCAUGAGGAGAUGGAUGCAAGAAAGUUUAGCCGAUUUCGAUGAUGAACAGGAAGAUAAAAUUGCUAAUUUAUUGGACACCUUGAGCCUAUGUAGCAAGGCUUUCAGCGCUGUCGGAGGGGACGUCAGCCUCUACAAGGAUAUCGACCACAGACUCCUCGACAGAGCCUUCCAAACUUAUGUGAAAGGAUUGGAAAAAGGAAUCAGUUCCUACAAUUUGGCUUUCAGACGUCUCAAAGAGGAAGUUGAUGCCAACUGCGAAAACGCUUUUCUGCACAAAAUUCGGGGACUGUUGCGAGUCUAUGACCACGAAGUGCACGAGCAAGGGACCGUGGAAGAUCUGCAGAAAUGCCAAGAUCUUUGCACCAAGGACAAGAAUUGCAGAGCAAUUGGUUAUGCAGAGCAACUUGAUGAGUUGGAUCUAGAAUCGGGAUUGUAUCUGAAGAAAGAGAGACAAUGCUGGAUCUACCAUCGCAGCACAAGUACAGCCACAGUUCACACACCAGGUGGACUUUCCGGUGAUAUGGGAGUAUAUGACAGAAAAUGCUACUAAAAAUCGGAAUAUCUAAUUUAGUUGACACUUUAAGGAAAUAAAAUUUCUGCAAGAAUAAAAGCAACUAUUUGAAAUGCUAUUUUGUUAAUAAAAUUUUAGAAACAAUUUA